ACCUGACCUCAUCACUCAGCAGAGAGCAGAGAGCAGAGAGCAGAGAGCGAGAGAGAGUCAGACCAAGCCAUUUUAAAUUUCCAGAAAAACAAAAAGAAACAAAUACAAAUUCAAACACCAAAAAAAUGCAGAGAGAGUCAGACCACUUUUGAAAACAUUUUGAAAAAGCUUUCACAGUACUUAAAUACCAAGCCAAGUACCAGUUGUAAGCAGAAAAGAAAAAAACAUGAACAGCUGUGUGCUUCAAAGCAGUGAUUGAUUCCCCCACUCUCACCCAAAACACAAAAAAGAAACCAUCUUUUCCCCUCCAAUCAAUUAAGCAUUCUCACCUCUCAAAUACCCAAAUCCCAACACUUUUGAAAUUCCUCACUGUUUCACUUUCCUUGGGCACAAUCUGAGGCUUUCAAUCAGUAACCAGAGCAAAAGGGUGUCACUUAGUUUUCACAUAUGCGAUUGGGAUUGAGUUUCUAGCUCGGACCCAGAAUCUGGGAGCUUUCAGAUCUUAGCAAUGGUUGCAGAGCUUUGGAUAUUGAAGAUGGGUAACCAGGUAAGCUCGAAUCUAAAGCAUGCUCUUUUACUUCAGCAUUCAAAGAAAUCAAACCCAAAAGCCACACCCAAUAACUCCAACACCAAAACCCAGAAGCAGACUAUAGGGAUUCUUUCAUUUGAGGUAGCUAAUGUUAUGUCCAAGACUGUUUAUUUACACAAGUCCCUCACAGACUCUGAGAUCUCUAAGCUUAAAGUUGAGAUCUUGAAGUCUGAGGGGGUCCAGAGGUUGGUCUCUUCUGAUGAGGCCUAUCUUCUUGAGCUUGCUUUGGCUGAGAAGCUUGAGGACCUGAACCGGGUCGCUGCGGUGGUGGCCCGGCUCGGCAAGAGGUGUGUUGAGCCGGCUCUGCAGGGUUUUGAGCAUGUUUAUGGUGACCUUGUUAAUGGGGUUAUUGAAGUUAGGGAGUUGGGGUUUUUGGUGAAGGAUAUGGAGGGGAUGAUUAGGAAGUUGGAGAGGUAUGUGAAUGCCACCUCCAAUUUGUAUAGUGAAUUGGAGGUGUUGAAUGAGUUGGAGCAAGCCACCAAGAAGUUUCAGAACAACCAACAUGAGGAGAGCAAGAGGGCUUUUGAGCAGAAGCUGAUUUGGCAGAAGCAAGAUGUGAGGCAUCUCAAGGACAUUUCACUUUGGAACCAGACUUAUGAUAAGGUUGUGGAGUUGUUGGCAAGGACGGUGUGUACCAUUUAUGCUACGAUUCGUGGGGUUUUCGGAGACUCUGGUUUGAGCAGGGACCAUGGAGGGUCAAUUGGUGGAGGUUCGCCUCCUCCUGUGUCUGGUCAGAUUGAUGCGAGGAGGGUUUCCCAGGAGCCAUUGAAGAGGGUUCUUAGCAAGAAAAAAGGGUUUCAUUCGGGGCCAUUUGAGAAAGCUGUGGUGGUGAAAAAGGGGUCAAGUUUUAAGCCUCAGUUUGAUUCAAGGAGAGGAGGUGAAUUGGCGUUGUUUCGGGCAGAGGAUUUCAACUUUCCCUGCGGAACUAGCCCAGGGAGGCUUUUCAUGGACUGCCUAGUAAGCAGUUCGGUUGUUGAUGAUGAUGAUGUUGACAGUGCUGGUGGAUAUGAGGAGCGGAGUAGCCAAACUUCAAGUUGUGGCUUGGCAAAUGGUGGUUUGAGGAGAGAUUACCCCAACCAUUCAGGUUGUUUUAGUAGAGUGCAAAUGGUUAUGCAAUCAAACUCCGGUGGAAUGAAUGGUGCCCCGUUUGGUCCCAAGAGUAGGCUGAUGGUUUAUGCUCCACCUUCUACUGUGGGAGGCUCUGCUCUAGCUUUGCAUUAUGCAAAUGUCAUAAUUGUGGUAGAGAAGUUGCUUCGCUACCCUUAUCUAGUGGGUGAGGAAGCCAGGGACGAUUUGUAUCAUAUGUUGCCAACGAGUUUAAGACUGUCUCUCAGGACUAAUCUCAAGUCCUAUGUCAAGAAUUUGGCUAUAUAUGAUGCACCUCUUGCUCAUGAUUGGAAGGAGACUCUUGAUGGGAUAUUGAGGUGGCUUGCCCCACUGGCACAUAACAUGAUCAGAUGGCAAAGUGAGCGUAAUUUUGAGCAACAGCAAAUUGUUACACGAACGCAUGUUCUUCUGCUUCAGACAUUGUAUUUUGCUGAUCGAAAGAAAACAGAGGCAGCAAUUUGUCAGCUUCUUGUUGGGUUGAAUUAUAUAUGCCGUUAUGAGCAUCAGCAGAAUGCAUUAUUGGAUUGUGCAAGUAGUUUUGAUUUUGAAGACUGCAUGGAGUGGCAAAUGCAAUGUGGAGCUUCUUUUGUUGAUUGACUACUUUACUGAAUUUGAGAUCCUCAAGAUGGUGAUAGAGACUUCUUCUUGUUCACCAUCACUUAGACGAACACUUAGGUGGUAGUACAACAGAUUGUGAAUAUCUCAGCUUUUCACACUGAAAGCUUAUAUUGUUGAAGACUUGAUUAAUGUAUUUAAUUCCAAGGUAUGUGAAGCUUUGACUGAAGUAUAUAAUUUUGAUUAUUUGAGGGAAAAAAAAAAGUUUCUUUUUUUUUUUUGGUGGAAAUCUAUUAUAUGUUGAAGUAAAGUAGUUCUUUUCUAUUGAAGUCUAUAUGCCUUUUCAAUUUUAUGUUUAUUGCAGAGAAGGUUAAUGUUAUUUGCUAAUGCUAAUGUUAAUGUCUCCUUAACUAAUGACACUGCACUCUGGUCACAACUGUUUGUUUACAAUCAAAUACUGAAUUCUGAACUGAUGUUGUUGCCAAUAAAUAUAUACAGAGAGACACAAACAUAUCCUCACAUAAUAUACUGGUCGUAUUUUCUUUUGGUUAUCUAGAUUAUGUGCAAGUUCUAGAUGCAUGCGAAUAAUUGUGAGCUGAAACUACUUCUCUGGAUACACUUUUUGGAGAUAGGAAAUGGGAACUUUCAAAUCCAAAGCGAUGUAUCAUGUGCAUAAGUCUUUUGGAAGGAUUUAGGGAGUCUUCUGAUUGUGCUUAGUUGCAUUCCAAAGAAACAUUGAAGAGAACAUGGGAAUGGGUUUGAAACACUCAUAAGGUUCAAGUUUCUCUUGCACUUUAAUAUCAUUAUUAUCACUGUCCAACCUAUAAUACCUCAGUAAGCAUAAGAAUUACUUUGAAGCAUUGUGUCUUAUGUUAUCUGUGCUGUUUUACAUCUGCUCUAAGCAGGUCAUUUCAUGCUGUCUGAUGAAAGGCUCUCCUGGAAUUUAAUUAGAUAAACUAAAAUUUUUUUGGCUCCUCUUA